UAAAAUGGAUCCACCAAUGACGAAAGAGUGUCUCAUAUAUAAGAUGAGAGUUGAGAGGUAGCAAGCCGGGUGACCCCUAUUUUGGCUUUGGUGAACAGGAUCUGAUCCCAAGGACUGUUACCGUUUUUGUUGUCUCGUGUAAAGAAAAGCGCAGCCAUGCCUUUCGGAAACUCACACAACAACUUUAAGUUGAACUUCAAGUCGGAGGAGGAAUACCCCGAACUUUCGAAGCACAACAACCACAUGGCCAAGGUGCUCACCAAGGAUAUGUACACCAAGCUCAGGGACAAGCAGACCCCCACCGGUUACACCCUGGACGAUGUCAUCCAGACUGGUGUGGACAACCCUGGUCACCCCUUCAUCAUGACCGUUGGCUGUGUUGCUGGUGAUGAGGAGACCUAUGAGGUGUUCAAGGAUCUGCUCGACCCAAUCAUCUCUGACCGUCAUGGUGGAUACAAACCCACCGACAAGCACAAGACCGACCUUAACUUCGAGAACCUGAAGGGUGGUGAUGACCUGGACCCCAACUACGUCUUCUCUAGCCGCGUCCGUACUGGCCGUAGCAUCAAGGGAUACGCCCUGCCCCCCCACAACAGCCGUGGCGAGCGCAGAGCCGUUGAGAGGCUGUCCGUCGAGGCCCUGAACAGCCUGGAUGGAGAGUUCAAGGGAAAGUACUACCCCCUGAAGGCCAUGACCGAUGCCGAGCAGGAGCAGCUGAUCACUGAUCACUUCUUGUUUGACAAGCCCGUGUCCCCCCUGCUGACCUGCGCUGGUAUGGCCCGUGACUGGCCCGACGCUAGAGGCAUCUGGCACAACGACAACAAGACCUUCCUGGUCUGGGUGAACGAGGAGGAUCAUCUGCGUGUCAUCUCCAUGCAGAAGGGUGGCAACAUGAAGGAGGUGUUCAAGCGCUUCUGCACCGGUCUGCAGAAGAUUGAGGCCGUCUUCAAGAAGCACAACCACGGCUUCAUGUGGAACGAGCAUCUGGGCUACGUGCUGACCUGCCCCUCCAACCUGGGAACUGGCCUGCGCGGUGGCGUUCACGUCAAGCUGGAGAAGCUGAGCCAGCAUGCCAAGUUCGACGAGAUCCUCAAGAGGCUGCGUCUGCAGAAGCGUGGCACAGGUGGUGUGGACACUGCCUCCGUCGGUGGUGUGUUCGACAUCUCCAACGCUGACCGUCUGGGCUCCUCCGAGGUGGACCAGGUCCAGGCUGUGGUGGAUGGUGUCAAGCUCAUGGUGGAGAUGGAGAAGAAGCUGGAGAAGGGAGAGGCCAUCGAUGCCAUGAUCCCUGCCCAGAAGUAAACAGGGACCCAUGUGUGCAUUUUUUGUUUGUUUUUUACAAUCAAUGGUGCAAUCCAGACGCCAGAGCGCAGAAGAAACCGCGGCUCUGAAAACAACAGACUCUUGGCUCCGUCCUUUCCUUCCUUCCUCCUGAAAAACCUUUUUCACGUUUUCUUUUCCUUUCUUUUCUCAACUCCAUGUUUUCCUCCUCCUCCUCCUGCUCCACAAUUAUUCUUUUUCAGUCGGUAACAUCCUGGGAUCAGAUGCCACAGAUACAGGCGUCGCCUGAUGUGGUGAUUUCACCUUAAAUUCGAAUGGUUAAAUUUGGUUGUUAAGUAUUCAAUCAAACUGUCAUACAAUAAAUGAACCCCAUGAAGAAAGAUCAAA